GUCUGUGGCUGAAGGUCUGUGGUCCGACCCCGACUCGCUCCGCCUGUCGACUUCUCCUGUCUAGGAUUGGGCAACCCGGCAGUAUCCCAGCCUCCUUCGUGUGGCAUAGAGAUAACCAGGAAAGGAAGUACCUGGCUUCUUUUACACGUGGCUUCUACUCGGGGGUGAGAUGGCUCAAGUGGUUAGAGCGCGAAUUCACUGAUAGGAAGGUCCGUGGUUUGAAUCCGACCUCCGCCUCUCGACUUCCCCUGUCUAGGCUUGGGCAACCUGGCAGUAUCUCAGCCCUCGUGCUUCCUUCGGGUAGCAUGGCAGCUAGGCACCGGAAAGGUGUUACAGCUAAGCGAACAACGUCUAUAUCACUGCCUCAGAAAAGACUAGUUGUACUACCCUUUCGGUGUCUAACUGCCAUGCCACCCGAAGGUUGCACGACAGCUGGGAUACUGCCAGGUUGCCCAAGCCUAGACAGGGCAAGUCGAGAGGCAGAGCGGGUCGGGUUCAAACCACGGACCUUCCGAUCAGUUAAUUCGCGCUCUAACCACAUGGACCAUCUCGUCCCUAAUGAUAGUAGUGCCUCAACAUUCUGUGAAACUUGUGCCAACGAUAUGUCCGGCGACUAUACACUCUCAAUCAGUCUAGAAAAAUCGUUCAGCUAUAGCGCCCUUUCGUUGCCAAGCUGCCAUGCCACCCGAAGGUUGCACGAGGGCUGGGAUACUGUCAGUUUGCCCAAGCCUAGACAGGGGAAGUCGAGAGGCAGAGCGGGUCGGGUUCAAACCACGGACCUUUCGAAAAAUCGUUCAGCUAUAGCGCCCUUUCGUUGCCAAGCUGCCAUGCUACCCGAAGGUUGCACGAGGGCUGGGAUACUUCCAGGUCGUCCAAGCCUAGAUAGGCAAGUCGACAGGCGGAGUGGGUCGGGUUCGAACCACAGACCUUCCGGUCAAUCUGAUUGUAGUGUGAUAGAAGCACGAAUCGCCAAGGUCCUGGUCGCGUUUGCUAAUUUGAGGCACCUAUCAAGUCAAGAACGUGUGUAUCAAGUCACAGUGCGGGCUGUUUUGUUGUAUGGCUGUGAGACUAGGCAUAUUCAAGCAGCGGAACUGAGAUGUCUUCAGGUGUUCGACAAUCGUUGUCUCAGAACCAUAGCUCGUGUGGGUUGGUAUCGGCGAAUCCGUAAUGAGGACAGGAAUGGAAAAAUGUUCAACCAGGCGUUUGGGGCGAGAUGGCUCAAGUGUUUAGAGCGCGAGUUUACUGACCGCAAGGUCCGUGGUUCGAACCCGACCCGUUCGGCCUCUCGACUUCUCCUGUCUAGGCUUGGCCAACCUGACAGUAUUCCAGCCCUCGUGCUCCACUUGGGUGGCAUGACAGCUACGCACCGAGAGGGCGGAAUCAGUGGUAUGUCUAGAAGUACCCUCGUGGCUUUCCAUAAUGUACACCCGACUCCAACAGAAUGCAUCUUCGACCAUGUUAUUGGAAAGCAGUCUGGGAGACAUGGCCCAUCAUCCAUCCUCAGUUCUGCUGACAAAGCAUUUCAGU